AUGGCAGUUGGAGAUGACAGGGACACCUUUAAAUUAGUGUCGAUAGAAAAGCUGUUCAGCAAUCUGCUCCAGUUGAAAAAGAAACCACAACUCUUCAUUCACGCGCAUAACCCCAACUUGACGAACGCAGGAUACAAGUGUUACAGAGACUUCAGGGAUGAAAACGUGUACGAGGGGUUACAAGAUGUUGUCGGAGACGCGUUCGUAACGACACUCUUUGAGAUAUUGUAUUCAGACGAGGUCAAAAUAGCCAAUCCUUUAGGUGCGAAACGUGCAGUCCACAAGCUCACAACAAUGUACCUCACAUUUUUUAAUAUGCACCCGCGCUACAAGUCCAGGUUGGGGUUCGUCGACUUGGUAGUUCUGGCAAAGUUCAAAGACGUAGAGGAACUCGGCUGCCAAGGCCCUAGUGUCACGGUAGAUGGCGUCCCAGAAACCGUGAAGGUUAUUGUGGUGGCAGUCUGUGGCGACAACUUGUCCCAGCACAAGUUGGGAGGGUUUUCGGCAAGCUUCUCUCAGGGGCAUAUAUGUCGCUACUUUACGGCAACAACUGCCAACCUCCAUGCAGUGACAAGUGAAGAGCAGUGCCAGAUCAUGACGAGGGCUGACGACAGCAGUCACCUAGCCGCAGCCAAAGAAAACCCGCAAGACGGUCGCAAGCUGCAUGGCGUUGUGGGUCCAUCUCCAAUGGCACAAUUGGCUCAUUUUGAUGUCACUACACAAGUGGCCCCCGACAUGAUGCAGGACCUCUUUGAGGGUGCAUCUGCUCACAUCAUAGGGCACGUCACCAAAGGUCUGAUUGACGAAGGAGCACUGACCCUGGAGGAUCUUAAGAGGGAAGAAAACACGCACUGGAGUGUGCUCCUCCAGCUGCCCAACAUUGUCACUCUCGUGCUGUCUGAAAAGAUUACUGAGGACUGGGUCGCAUACCUUGAAGUCCUAGUGAAAGACUUUGUUGAAGCAUUCACGGCAAUGUAUCCUACAGCUGAAGUCCUCCCAAAGAUGCACUACAUGGUGCACUAUGCAAGACUGACGGCGGCCCUUGUAUUUCUGCGCCAGUACUGGUGUCUACGUUUCGAACGAAACACUAGUAAUUUAAGUCCAUGGCUUCAAAAGUAA